AUGAUUAAGAUACUCGUGGAUAACUAUUUAUAUAGACAACAAAGUAGCUUUGAGAACAAUUAUACAGAGAGGUCCAUACUUAUAGCAAAAGAAUAUAGUGAAGUUUCUUUAGAAAUAGAUUCUAGAUUUGGAGAAUCUAGUAAACUUUCUCAUGAGAGUUUGAGAUAUAGGAAAUUAGCACUAUUAACUAUUUUACCAGAAUUAGUUAGAAGAGAUAAAUUAUGUAUGCUCACCUUUUGGGCUAAUAUACUAAGUCUUAAUACACAGUUGGGAGUACAAAGCUUAGCUAUUGUUAAUUCUUCUGGAAUGGACAUUAGCAUUUUAGUAGCUAAUGUUUUUAGAGGCACUGAAGUAAGUAGUAGAGUUAUCAUUAGCAGUAGAGAUUAUCAUUUUAGGACUAUCAGAACAGAAAGAACUAUGCAAAAACCCAACAUAGAAGUUGCUAGCUACGAAGAAGAAGAUGUAUGCUCAGCAGAUAUUGAAACUAUGAGAAUGGAAAAAGAUUUUGAAAGCCUAGUAGAGGACUUUAGGAUAAAGGAAGUAGUUAGAAGAAUUAGACUAGUAAGUACUCAAGACUGUCAAGUAGAUUGGCAUAAGAUCUGA